CCAUCUUCUCCUCCUUUUUUCUCAACUUUGUUUUGAAUUUAUAUAAACAAACCUGGCAAUUUUAUCUGCACCCCCAAGCCGUUGAUUUAUUGAGGAAUGGCACAAGUUAUUGCUACUCCACCAGCUACUUUUGAGUAUGAACUCUUGGUUGGUGAUCCUGAGCACCUUAGAACUGUCACAGCCUCAUCCAGCAACAAGGACCUAUGGAUUGAACCUGAAAGGUUGAAACUCAGACACAGAAUUGGUCGUGGGACCUUUGGUGAUGUUUGGUUAGCAACUCAUCAUCAGUCAACUGAAGAUUAUGAUGAGUGUCAUGAAGUUGCUGUCAAGAUAUUACCUCCAAUCAGAGAGGAACAUAUGAAGACUGUAUUAGAGAAAUUUCACGAAUUAUAUUUUCAGUGCAAAGGGGUGCCUAGGGUUUGCUGUCUACUUGGAAUUUCAAUUUUAAAUGGAAGGAUAUGCAUCAUUAUGAAUUUUUAUGAGGGUUCAAUCGGUGACAAGAUGGCUAGACUCAGAGAGGGGAGGAUUUUAUUGCCUGAUGUUCUGAGGUAUGGUAUCAAUCUUGCUCAAGGUAUUCUGGAACUUCACUCAAAAGGGAUCCUAGUUCUCAACCUUAAACCAUUUAAUGUGCUUCUCGAUGAUAGUGAUCAAGCAAUAUUGGGAGAUGUUGGCAUUCCCAGUCUUUUGCUUGGUUCUACAUUCAUGAGUUCAGAUAUGGCUCACAGGCUUGGUACGCCAAAUUACAUGGCUCCAGAACAAUGGCAACCAAAAGUUAGAGGCCCUAUAUCCUUUGAAACCGAUUCAUGGGGAUUCGGAUGCACCAUUGUGGAAAUGUUGACAGGUAAUCAACUUUGGUAUGGACUUCCUGUUGGUGAAAUUUACCAAUCGGUUGUUGAAAAGCAUGAAAAACCACAUAUUCCUUGUGGCCUUCCUUCUUCAAUUGAGAAUAUCCUCAGUGGAUGCUUUGAGUAUGAUUUAAGGAAUCGUCCUUCAAUGGUAGAUAUUCUGACAGUCUUUAAAAGCUCACUGAAUGCAGUAGCCAAUGAUGGAGGGUGGAGAUUUCUCGGAACUCAAAAAAUUACAGUAAAAUCAAGUAGCAUUGGCUAUACACAGUGGUUCCUCUCAAAGGAUCAUCUUCAGGUGGGUGACAUGGUGCGAUCUAGAAAGCUUUCCAAUUCAUGCAAGCCUCAAAACAUGGAUGUUCCAGAAGGAAAUGUUGUUGGUUUAGAACGUCAUGCAGAUAAUGGUUUUGUUUUAGUGAGGGUCCAUGGUGUUCAUGACCCUAUAAGGAUUCAUGCAUCAACUCUUGAACGUGUCACUAAUGGUUUGGCAGCUGGUGAUUGGGUACGCUUGAAGGAAGAAGAUGAGAAGCACUCGCCAGUGGGUAUUCUUCAUUCCGUCGAUCGUGAUGGCAGAGUGGAUGUUGGGUUUACUGGGCUGCAAACUCUUUGGAAAGGAAAUUCUUCAGAACUUGAAAUGGCAGAAUCUUACUGUGUGGGGCAGUUUACUAGGCUGAAAGCCAAUGUUUUGAGUCCUCGAUUCGAAUGGCCACGUAAAAGGGGAGGAGCCUGGGCUACUGGUAAGAUUUCAUGGAUCCUACCAAAUGGGUGUCUAGUUGUCAAGUUCCCAGGAAUGUUGACUUUUGGGGAUGAACCAAGCACCUUCUUGGCUGAUCCCUCUGAGGUUGAUGUGAUUAAUUUCAGGUCUUGUCCAUGUAUGUUAAAGAAGUAUCAACAUGUAGAGGAUCAUCACUGGGCAGUUAGACCUGUUCUAAUUGCAUUUGGCAUUCUUACAGCUGUGAAACUAGGGAUGUUAGUUGGAAAGAAAAUGGGGAGGAACAUGAAUGUUAAUGCUAUAGAGAAUGAAAACCCAAGGUUGCAAGCAAUAUACCAAGCCAUCAGAGUGGUGCCUCACUUCCCAAAACAAGGAAUAAUGUUUCAAGACAUAACGACAUUGUUGUUGGAUCACAAGGCGUUUAAAGACACGGUCGACAUUUUUGUCGAUCGUUACAGAGACAUGCACAUUUCUGUUGUUGCCGGAAUUGAAGCAAGGGGAUUCCUGUUUGGUCCCUCAAUUGCUUUGGGCAUUGGUGCAAAGUUUGUUCCUUUACGCAAACCUCGGAAGCUGCCAGGUGAAGUAAUUUCAGAAAAAUAUGCUCUAGAAUAUGGAACUGAUUGUUUGGAGCUGCAUGUUGGAGCUGUCCAGCCCGGUGAACGGGCCAUAGUUAUUGAUGACUUGGUGGCCACAGGUGGUACUCUAUCUGCAGCAAUAAGACUUCUAGAACGUCUUGGUGCUGAAGUAGUGGAAUGUGCUUGUGUGAUUGGUGUGCCUGAGGUUAAGGGACAGUGCAGGCUUAUCGGAAAGCCACUUUAUGUUCUUGUGGAGCCGCGUCAAGUAGAAAAAAAUGCUUUUGAGUUGUGAUGUUAAUUCUUCUUCGGCUGACAUACAAAAGGACGCUUCAUCUGAGAAACACAAGCCAUAACGUGAUCCUUAAGUUUUCGGCUGAUUGAGUUGUUUUCAGACGCAAAGAUCAUCAUGGAAAUUGUUCCCCUU